UGUGCCAACGACGGAAAGCUCAGACCAAGUUCCAUGUAAGCUGAUUCUUCCCGUUCAGCCCGCUUCACCCGUUUCAGCCCCAUAAAACUGGAAGCUCUUUCCCCAAAUCAUCGUAGCUACGAAAGUACAAAGUUUUAAUAUUUCCAUUGCCCGGACAACGUCGUCAUGUAAUCAACAAGACGGGUCUGCAUAACCAACAUUUGCACAACUCAAAGCUUUAUCCGCCUACAAUCUACAAUCUACACGCCACACGCCAUCAAACGCUACCCACUUCGCUCAAUGGAAAAACAGUCUACCAUUUCAAACCUAAUUCACAUUAACUUCAAUACUAUCUUAACGUCGACUCCUUUUUCUUGACCUCGAACUGGCGCGCGCUCAUCCGGAGCUUAAUUGCUUUGUUAUUUAAUUUGGCUUGCGUUUUGAUUUUUGCUUUAAUCUUCCGCGGGACGCCAACAUGGAGACAGAGAGUGUGCAACUUAGGGCCAGCGGUAUUCAAAAGCCAUCGAAAGUAACGACGGGAAUACCUAGACCUGGGUCUAUUUCCAACGGCAGCGGCCUGCACGAGAUGACUAGUUCUCAGAGUAAUGUUCGGUCGCAACCGUCAUCGUCGAUUCCGGCGGCACAUGGGCUGAAGCGUAGCGUGCCGGCGCCAGCCGUACAGUCCGAUGCCAAGCGAGUGCCUCUGUCCAAAAGAGCGGGAGAACAUACCGGCACCUCUAGCACUACAUACCAGCCUUCGCAGAGCUUGAGAGGUAUGGCUCUGAAAGACGCGCCUAGAUCCAACCACACGAGCUUCAACGGCGCCUCAGCGUCCCGCCACACUUCGAAUAGCAGCUAUUCCUCCAGUACAAGCAGUUAUGCUACGAGUAUCAGCUCCGGCUGUCGCCCCUCUUCUCGUUCACAGUACUCGCAUUCGCGAACACGAUCGGCCGUAAAACCUGGACGGCCCGCAACUUCGAUGGGUACGCGCGAGGAAGGACAACCCAAAAACAACAAUGUAUCCGAGAUCGAAGAGAAGCUCGGCAAAAUGGACAGCGAAUUUCAGCAACUAAAAGAGUUCAUGAAUGCCACCGAGAAGAGCAGUUUCAGUGUCAAGGAAGAGCUCGAAGUUGCGAAGAAGAGAGUGGCAAAUCUAGAGGACCAGCGAAACGAAUUGCAAAUGGAGAGGGCAAGGCUCAUGGACAAGUUAUCAGACGCAGAGCGCCAAGUUCGCAACCUCAACAUUGAUAUCCAGGAUCAACAGAGACGCCAUGACAAGUACUGCGAAGAAAUAAUCGCAGAUCAUGAAAGAAAGUUGAGAACCAAGGUUGACGACUAUGAACGCGAAAUGGACAAGGUCGCUAAGCUUCAACAAGAAUUCGAAGAAAAAUGCGGCGUUGAGGCAGAAGCCAGAUUAGACAACCUAUCUCAUGAGAAUAAGGAAUUACGGAGUGUCCUCGAGAGACAGAAGCGGGACCACGAACACGAAAUUCGCUUACUCAACGUAGAUCUGGACAGGCAGUCUAUCCGGAUGCGAGAUUUCGAAGACACCUUAAGAAAGUCAGAAGAGGAGCAGCGAUUACUCCAGGCUCACAUUGACGAAAACCUCAAGACAAUUGAUCGGCUCAGAAAAAGAGCCGAGGAUGCCGAGGAAAGCCUUUCCAAAGAUAAGGGCCAUCUAGGUGGACAGAUCAGUCUUCUAAGUCAAAAACUAGACAUCAGCUCGGAGCGUAUCCAGAGCCUAGAAGAACAGAAUAAAGUCAUCCAGUUGGAAUGCGAACGAAGGCUUCAAGAAAUCGAGCAAGCAGCACAGAAGAAGAUCGACGGGGAGACCAAAGCAUUGCGAGACAGGCUCAUCAAGGAAGAAGAGAGGCGGCACAAGCUCUUCGAACAAGUACAAGAACUCAAGGGAAAUAUUCGUGUCAUGUGCCGAAUCAAGCCGCCAGCAGACAAAUCGAGCGAUGUUCUGAUCAAAUUCAAUCCACGAGCGAGCGAGCUCGACGAGGACAAGAUCGACGGUUUAACCAUACCGACAGAGCGAGAAGACUUCAGAAUGCCAGGCAAGAUGAUUGCUGGUGAACCAAAAGACUUCAACUUCGAGCGAGUUUUCGAUGACAACUGCACGAACAAAGACGUGUUUGACGAGAUUAGUCAACUCGUUCAAUCCGUCAUGGAUGGCAAGAAGGUCUGCAUCUUCUGCUACGGCCAAACCGGGUCAGGCAAGACGUACACGAUGAGCCGAAAGGGGGACGGUAUCAUCCCCAGAACACAAGAUAUGAUCUUUAGUGAGGUCGACAGACUAAAGGUACUAGGCUGGGAAUACACGGUCGAGGGUAGCUAUUUAGAGGUCUACCAAGACAAGUUGUAUGACCUGCUCGCGUCUCGCAGCACGAAGCCCGAGCCACUCACAGUAGAUCCAAUCAGCGAAGAGUUAAACAUCAAGGGCCACUCGUUCACGCUCCUUAAGGAAGAAAGGGACCUUGAUGAAAUGGUUAGGACGGCAGACAACAACCGCCACACAGCCGCAACCGCGAUGAAUGACCGGUCGUCGCGUUCACAUUCUAUCUUAGUCUUGAAGAUCCGCGGGGUCAAGAAGAACGAAGAUGGCGAAAUCAUUAGGACUCGAAAGGGCACCCUAAACCUGAUCGACUUGGCGGGUUCUGAGUCCCCCGACAAGGCGCGUGGUGAACAGAUCUACCGGGAAGGUGUCGAGAUCAACUCGUCGCUAAGCUACCUGCGAACAGUGUUAUCACGCCUAGGCCAGGGCAAGACGGAGGGCGUAGACUUCCGGUCUUACACUCUAACCCAGUUACUACGGCCGUCGCUAGGGAAGGGUUGCCGGACACUGAUGUUCGUCAUGGUGAGCCCGCUCAAGGAGAAUGAGAAUGAGACUAUAAGGAGUCUAGAGUUCGCCAAAGAUGCUCAAAAAGUCAAGAUGGGUGGCAACGGAGGAGCCGCUAAGAGCAAGAAAUAAGGUUUACAAUCCAGGAUAUAAAACGACCGUUUCUUGUAGCAUAAUUUUUCUCUCCUCUCGAGUUCUAAAGAAGAUUCGGGCGGGGGUCGUGUGAGGAGCUUGCAUACACACAUACCUGUUGUUGGUGGUUCGUUGUUUCCAGGGCGAAGGGAGGAGGGGAGCGAUGCGGCGUUCAGCUAAUCAGGGCGUUAUAGGGGCAAGGUAUAUUCAAUGAUGAAUGAUGUUGUGGUUUUUAAAGUACCUGACUUGAGUUGUUCCGUAUAGAGGAUCGAUGCGUCGAUACGUCGAUGCGUUUUUGAAAGCGCGCUGUUGAUAUUGACGGGCUGAGUUCGAUUAGUGGUAUAUUGAAUAUUAUGGCUGUAAUUAUCAACGCUUUUUUGGUGAUGGAGGUUUGUGACAGGCUUGAUACUGAGUAAUAGUGAAGUAUCGUGUAUAGCUCCUGAGGCGAUUCGGAACUGUUGAGGCAUAUAUGUAUUUGACGAGGUCAGGGGUCUGAAGAAAAGCUGCCCAAGUCUUUUGUCUGCUUUCUAUGUCUUUGGCGCACCCUAUAGUAGAUAGUAAGUACCUAGCAAUAAUGUUGUCCGCGAUAGCCUAGAGUUACUAUCUCGCCGUCGAAAUAGCGCAAGACAUCCUGAGGCCACC